CCUAGAUUGUGUUUGUUCUGGUGCAUUCACCCGCGCGUGGAUUCACCGCGGUGCCACCUUGCGUGCAUUCACCAUGGUGCAUGCAGCUUGCGCCAUUCGCGCUUCGAUCGCAACUCGGGCAUCGCCGACCGUUCUUCAGCACGCCGCGUCGCGUUCACACGACGUACCCUUUCCGAGGCGCGUCGAGAAGAAUUUUAAAGCCACGAUUUCAAUCCCUCACCCACGUACUCCCGUACUGGUCGCCGCAAUCCCCGCGGCUUCUCUCCUCGCCGCCCUGCCAGCGUCCGCCGCGGCGGCUCUUGCGGAGGAAGCAGCAUCGACCGACAGAGUUAAAUCCGCCGUCGAAAGCUUAGUAUCCGCAGCGGGAGACCUGGAACGCGCCGCGGAGUCAGCAGCCGGAGCCGACAGAGCCCGAUCCGCGGUGGGGAGUCUAGUAUCGGCUGCAGAGGAUUUAAGACGCGCCGCGGUGUCGGCGUACCUAGAUCUUGCCGAUCGUGCCGCCCCAGCACUAGCACCUGAGGGGGAUAAGGCGCAGUUCGGAUCGGCGGUGGGGGAUGUAGUCUCUGCCACGGGGGACCUGGAGCGCGCCGCUGCGGAUAUUUUCGGGCGGGCGGUGUCGGUUGAAGAGAGCGUGUCGGAGCAGGUUGGCAAGCUGCUUGGAUCGGGCACGGAAGCAACUCAGAAGUUUCUGGAAUCGGGCCCGGAGGCACUGCAGGUGGACACAGCAGGAGUGGCGAGGAUGGUUGGCGAUGCUGCUGGUGCAGGCAUGGAGGCGAUUGGGAGGGUACUGGGGGAGGGGGCUCCUGCGUUUGAUGGCAUAACUGACGGAAUUUGGUCGCUCUCUCUCCCAACAAACGGAGCCAUCUUCAACACUGUGUCAUCAGCAUCCUCGUUUGUAACUGCUCCUUUAAGCACAGCGUGGGAUGCAGUGCAACUCACUGCAACAAGCUCUGCUCUCCAAACGGUCGCCUUUUAUGCCUCUCUGAGCGUCUUGCUGUUGGCGCUGGCCAAUCAGCCAAGAGAGUAGGGCAAUGCAGAUUCGACGAGUUCCUCCUAAGAAAGCCAAUAAAUUAAUUGCAUGAGUAGGAAGAAUCCGGGAGCAGUUGUGUAAAGCCGCCAGUAUUGAGUUUUAUCAUGCCGCGUCCACGCACCAUUGAUUUGAUUUGUUGCCUACAAUUCUUUACUUCUGAGC